AUGAAUUUAGCAGCAAUAGCCGGCCGACUGGCUCAUUUUACCGCAAUAUCGGAGAAGUUAGCAAGGUUUUCCAAGGGCGAAUCGGGACCUGGAGAUGUCUGUUGGAUUGGCUGCUCGAGGUUAUGGCCUAUCAAUGAGAGUCGAGGUGGUUCUCCUUUCGCGAACAAUCGGGUCGCAUCUGGGCCGUCAGGACUAAAUGGCUCCUCGUCUGUUCCUGUAAGGCCUUGCACCUCGGGUAGGGGCGUAGAAACUGGCUUGUCUUUGGGCAAGUCGUUGGAAGAAACGGGCGUCAAGAAGGUGCAAUGCUGGCUGGCCAAAGAGAGCACACCAUCGUAG